AUGCUUCGUCUGAUCCUGCGGCUCAGGCCGUCCUCCGGGCUCCCAUGUACCCGUGCCCUCCCGGCCGGGCCUGCCGCGCUCGGCUCCCGCUCCGUGCCCGGAACCGGCUGUCUGAGGCGGCUUCACCGUGGAGCGGGGUCCCGGGCCGUGUCCUUGGGCUCCGGCUUCAGCCACAGAGCGACUCUGCUGCGGUGUCCCCAGCUGGCAGGCGGCUGUCAGACUAAGCGUUUCUACAGCCUGCCACCUCACCAGAAGGUGGAGCUUCCUGCCUUGUCACCCACCAUGCAGACGGGAACGAUUGCUCGCUGGGAGAAGAAGGAGGGAGAAAAAAUCAGCGAGGGUGACCUUAUAGCUGAGGUUGAGACUGACAAGGCCACUGUAGGUUUUGAAAUGCUGGAGGAGUGCUAUCUGGCAAAGAUCCUCGUUCCUGAGGGGACCAGAGAUGUCACUGUUGGUGCAGUAAUCUGCAUCACGGUUGAAAACCCGGACCUCAUCCCAGCCUUUAAAGACGUAACGUUGGACUCACUUAAAGCAGACGGUGCCACUCCUUCACCUGCCGCCUCCGCUCCUCCCCCUCCACCUCCUCCUCCUGCUGCUGGUCCUCCUGCAGCCCCUGGCAGCUCUUAUCCCACACACAUGAAGAUCGCACUUCCCGCCCUGUCUCCCACCAUGACGAUGGGAACAGUGCAGCGCUGGGAGAAGAAGGUCGGAGAGAAGCUUAGUGAAGGAGAUCUGCUGGCUGAGAUAGAAACUGACAAGGCAACCAUCGGGUUUGAGGUCCAGGAGGAGGGAUAUUUGGCCAAAAUCCUGGUGUCAGAGGGAACUCGGGACGUCCCCCUGGGAACACCACUCUGCAUCAUUGUAGAGAAAGAAAGUGACAUCGCUGCCUUCAAGGAUUACGUAGAAACUGGAGUGGCAGAGGUUUCCAUACAUCCUCCAGCUCCAGCACCGGCUGCAGCUCCGGUUGCUGCAGCACCCAGUCCUGCUCCUGCAGCCGCUGCCCCAGCAGCACCCAGGAAGGGGCGUGUGUUCGCCAGCCCACUUGCCAGAAAACUCGCUGCUGAGAAAGGAAUUGACCUGGCACAGGUCAGCGGCUCUGGUCCCGAGGGACGCGUCACCAGGAAAGAUAUUGAGAGCUUUGUUCCACCAAAGCCUGCACCUGCUCUAGCUGCUGCUCCCACUCCAGCCACAGGUCCAGCUGCUCCUGUACCUGCAGCUCCUGCUGCAGCAGCUGGGACCUUCACAGACAUCCCUAUCAGCAACAUCCGUAAGGUUAUUGCUCAGAGGUUGAUGCAGUCAAAGCAAACCAUCCCCCACUAUUAUCUGUCUGUAGAUGUCAACAUGGACCAAGUGCUCGAGCUUCGGCAAGAGCUCAAUGCUGAAGUGAAAGCCCAGAAUAUCAAACUCAGUGUGAAUGACUUCAUCAUCAAAGCCAGCGCUCUGGCCUGCCUCAAGGUUCCUGAGUGCAACUCCUCCUGGAUGGACACGGUCAUCCGCCAGAAUCAUGUGGUGGACAUAAGUGUAGCAGUGAGCACAGCCAACGGUCUGAUCACGCCCAUAGUGUUUAACUCCCACACCAAAGGACUGGCUGCCAUCAGCUCCGACGUGUCCGCUCUCGCAGCCAAAGCGAGAGAGGGUAAACUGCAGCCACAUGAGUUCCAGGGAGGAACGUUCACAAUCUCUAAUUUGGGGAUGUUUGGCAUCAAGAACUUCUCAGCGAUAAUCAACCCUCCUCAGGCCUGUAUCCUCGCAGUUGGAGGCUCAGAGAAACGGCUGAUGCCCGCUGAUAAUGAGAAAGGGUUCGAUGUAGCCAGCAUGAUGUCAGUGACGCUGAGCUGCGACCACCGGGUGGUGGACGGGGCUGUCGGCGCGCAGUGGCUCGCAGAGUUCCGCAAGUUCCUGGAGAAACCUGUCACGAUGCUGUUGUGAUUGGACUGUACUGCCAUCAAAGCUACAGCAACAGGCCGACACACUGAAGUGAUCCGAUUUGUCUAAACCGGUUGAUCCUCCUGUGAUUGGCCGACCUGUCACCAGGUCACUCCCUGUUACCCUGAAAGGGGAAAGAGGCAGAACUCACUCCGCUUACCUGUCUGUCUCGCUGUCUCUCCUGUCUCUCUUUCUCCUCUCACUGUCUCACUCAUAGUCUAUUUAUUGAGGCCCCAUCUCAUAAGACCAGAAUUAGGUAGGAUUUAUCCUAGAAUCGAGACUGGCCAUAUGUCACUAAAACAUUGAUGAUGUUUUAUUAAGGGAAGUGUUGCAUGUACAACCAGCGAGCACAUUUAUCCCGAAACUUCCUUUUGUCUGUGUGUUUCUACACACUUUUAUCUGUGUUUUUGUGUGAAUGUGAUAAAGACGACGGGAAGUGCAGCUAUCUGUCAGUUCCAGUCUUUUGAGUAAAUGGUUGUGAUUUUUGUCUGCAAGCAGGCGAGAGGAUGGCGCUAAAUGUACGUUAACUUUGAGAAACACGGAGUCCAGAUCUACACACACAAACCUGUCCGUUUUUAGUGGUCAAACUGGCACUCAAUUGAAAUGUUCAGUAUGUCUUCUGUGAGUUGAUGCUACAGUGUGUAUAUUCUUCGCUGUCGGAUGAACACAGUGCUGUAUAUAUAUGGUGGUGAGUCGUUUGGUAUGAAUAACUGAGCUCUGACGAGGCCUUACCAUAUGACUAAUACCUAUACAGACCUGAAUGAUAACAAAUGCUCUUAAAGGAAGUAGUGAACAGGUUUGCCAAUUCUCUUUCAUCAGUCGGGAUAUUUUAUUUUCUAGUCUCAGAGUAAAACAGUUACGUUGAAAUAUACUGUAUGUCACAGCUGAAACGCACAAAGCUGGUGCUGAAUAUUAUUUGUUAUUUGAAUAAAUUGGGAGAAGUCAACCUUUUGCCACAGGCUCUUCGGCUUGGACUUAUUGUACGAGCCCAAAGGAAAGCAGUUCGGAAUAGAAAUGGCACUUACAAUGUGAUCACAAAAACAUUCUGUAAAUUUGUACAAAUAUUUAACUGAGGAGUCCAAGAAACUACUGCGUAGCGAUUGUUAUUAGUGCUCCAUACCAAAAACCUGCAGUCAACCUCCUUGUACAUCUGUUUUCCCCAGUGUCCUGGUCAGCUCUCACUGCCGAUUCAUGUUGGCCCACACAGACAAUAAAACGGCACCAGACAGCAGGCUCAGACUGCCUCCAUAUUCACUGACAUUUUCCUGUUUUGGAUUUGAUCUGCAAAAUUUGUGCAUUUAAUUGUGGUCUUAAUAUUAUUCUUUUUUCAGUUCAGCAAUAUAUGAAAUUGCCAUAGUAACUUGUAUUCAAAUGACAAAAGGGAAAAGAGAAAUGGGACAGAAAGAGAGACACUGCAGGUGAAGAAAUAUGUAUCAGUAACAGGAGGAUACUGACCUCAUUGAGGUGACAUAAUAAAAGGUCAAAUUUGAAAACUUGAAAAGGUCACAUGCUGUAUUCAAGAACUUGCUUUUGGUUAAAUCUGACUUGUUUUUUUUUGUUUUUAUUUAUUUAUUUUUAUUUUGUUUAAAUUUAAGCUACUUCAUUUCACAGCCCAACUUUCCUCGAAUUUAGAACUACUUUGGUUCAGUGAACCACUGGUCAUUCUGCUGUAAAGUCCGGUAAGCCACAUAAGCUUUUCAGUUCAGUUUCAGUUUUUCAGUUCUCUCAACUCAAGCAACCAAAGCCCUCUAAAUGCUCAACUGUAUGUGUAAAACCAUUUACUCAUGUUGCCACAUGGGGCAUCAAUAAAUCUGACAAAUGUUUGGACUGGCUUAA